CAUAUGCACCUCGCCUCACGCGACAUCACAUCACUCUCUACUCUUCCAUUCAACUCAUCCUCACGUUGUCUCCAACCCCAAUUCCACUCCCAGGACACUGCUCGCCCCGCCUCCGAUGAAUUGUCGCGCUCCCCAUCACACCAUGCCGAUACUUUGAUCUCUAAUCCUUCCGUCAUCUCGCUUCACCCCCGAUCUCCCCAAAUGGCCGAUUCAGUCGACCGCGUCUUCGGCCACGCGCUCAACACCGUCAACAAAAUCCGCCCCGGCUCACAGAAGCCCCCCUCUGCAGACCGCCUCGCCCUCUAUGGCCUCUACAAGCAGUCAAUGGAAGGCGACGUCGCCGCCAUAGCCGACCGCCCGGACGAAAGCAGCAGCCCCGCCAACCUCUCGCCCGAGGGCCUCAAAAAGGAGCAAGAGAAGUGGGACGCGUGGAAGGCGAACGAAGGCCUCUCGCGCACGCAGGCCAAGCGGCAGUAUAUCGGCAAACUGAUCGACACCAUGCACAAGUACGCUUCGACGACGCCGCAGGCGCGCGAGCUCGUCGAGGAGCUGGAGUUUGUGUGGGAUCAGAUCAAGAACAAUAGUCAGAAUCCGUCGAGUGGGUCGGAUCAUAGCAGUCCGCUGAGACACACUGAGCGAGGUGGAGGUUACAUCCAGAACGGCAGUUCAGGUGCCGUGCCGAGUUCUGCUGCCGCUUUUGGCGACGCUGGGAACGAAGGCGAUGUACCGCACAUUGGCCGGCCGCCACCGAUGCGCGUCCUGAGUCCCGUGUCGCAGGCAGAUGAGGAGGAGAUGUUACUGGACGAGGAGCGAGAGGAAUUCGUCGAUGCACCCGUCUCACAACUGGACGAUGGCGAUCUUGCGGAGCUCUCGGAGUAUGGUGCAGACGACGCAGAACUACAGGCGGCGGCGGCGGCGACAAGGCCUCGAAAGCCUGUACCGAGCCAAAGUGACGGCCGGUGGCGGCGUAGAAUGGAGUCGAGUCUGGUGAAGCUGACGACAGAAGUCGCCGCGCUCCGCGAAAUCCUCCAGUACCGGCGCUACGACCGCGACAAGCGGACGCUGGGCGGGUGGAUCUUACGACUCAGUUGGUGGGCAGUACAGCUGUUCAUGGCCGAUGCGGUCCUCUUAUGGGUGGUCAUACUGUACUUGCGUCGAAAGGAUGAUCGAAGGCUAGAAGGCGCUGUCCGCGUACUGCUGGGCGAUGCAGUGGCGCAAGUGCAAAAGGUUGGACGCGAAGUGAGGAGAAUAGGCGGGCCGAAGCCAUCUAGGGACUGAAAGGCCAUUUUUGACGAUCUGCUGCGUGUAUGAAGACUUAUGACUUUGAACGGCAUGGGAACAUGGAGUAUAGGUAGCAGCGCAUUUCGGCAAGGACUCAAUCGACCAUCAUGAGCAUGGGAAGACUGCAACUGAGCGAGCGAGCGAGAACGAGGCAGAAUCGACACUCGCCGACGCAUAGGAAAAGGGCGACACAAAUGAAUGAACA